GGGCUGAGGCCGACCAUGCCCGGCCUGCUGCUGCUCGCCGCUGCGCUGCUCUCCAGCUGGGCUCAGCUUCCUGCCGAAGCCAGCUCCUGGUGGUCAUUAGCUAUGAACCCGGUGCAGAGACCUGAGAUGUUCAUCAUCGGUGCCCAGCCUCUGUGCAGCCAGCUUCCCGGGCUCUCCCCUGGCCAGAGAAAGCUGUGCCAGUUGUACCAGGAGCACAUGGUCUACAUAGGGGAGGGAGCCAAGAUGGGCAUCAAGGAGUGCCAGUACCAGUUCCGGCAGAGGCGAUGGAACUGCAGCACGGUGGACGACACGUCUGUCUUUGGGAGGGUCAUGCAGAUAGGGAGCCGCGAGACGGCCUUCACCUAUGCCGUGAGUGCCGCCGGGGUGGUGAAUGCCAUCAGCCGGGCCUGCCGAGAGGGUGAGCUCUCCACAUGUGGCUGCAGCAGGACAGCCCGGCCCAAGGACCUGCCCCGUGACUGGCUGUGGGGCGGCUGUGGGGACAACGUGGAGUACGGCUACCGGUUUGCUAAGGAGUUUGUGGACGCUCGGGAGCGGGAGAAGAACUUUGCCAAGGGAUCGGAGGAGCAGGGCCGGGUGCUCAUGAACCUGCAGAACAAUGAAGCGGGUCGAAGGGCUGUGUAUAAGAUGGCAGAUGUAGCCUGCAAAUGCCACGGCGUCUCUGGGUCCUGCAGCCUCAAGACCUGCUGGCUCCAGCUGGCUGAGUUCCGCAAGGUAGGGGACCAGCUGAAGGAGAAGUAUGACAGCGCCGCCGCCAUGCGCAUCACCCGCAAGGGCAAGCUGGAGCUGGUCAACAGCCGCUUCAACCAGCCCACCCCCGAGGACCUGGUGUACGUGGACCCCAGCCCUGACUACUGCCUGCGCAACGAGACCACAGGCUCCCUGGGCACCCAGGGCCGCCUCUGCAACAAGACCUCGGAGGGCAUGGAUGGCUGCGAGCUCAUGUGCUGCGGCCGUGGCUAUGACCAGUUCAAGAGCGUCCAGGUGGAGCGCUGCCACUGCAAGUUCCACUGGUGCUGCUUCGUCAAGUGCAGGAAGUGCACGGAGGUUGUCGACCAGCACGUCUGCAAAUAGCCGGGGCCAUGCCCCUGGCUUCCUCUCCACUCUGCCUCACAGAAGAUUAUAUUAUAUAAAUCUAUAUAAAUAUAUUUUAUAUUUGUAUAAAUGAAUAGAUGGAUGAUA